AUGGUUUACAGCACAGUCAGUCUUCAAGCCGCCACGUCCACCGAAAACCUUCAAGCUCUUGAAGAAGUCAAGGAUUUCUGUACAACAGAUCUCGGACGGGGAGGCAGGGAACGAUGGACGUAUCACUUACUGCCAGAAGCUGCACUCAAUGUCGAGCUGCAUCGCCAGUCUAAUGCGUCCUCUUCAAGAUCCGUAGACAGCGUCACUUUUCAGCCAUGUGCGGCCUACGCCGAUCUCAAUCAAGACCGGUACAGCAUUGAGGAGUGGGAGCUCCCUGGCGGAGUUUGGGAAUUCACGGCAAUCUAUGAUGGUCAUUGCGGCCAUGACACUGUGAACUAUGUCCACAAGCGGCUUCCAUCGAUGGUCAGGAUGUCAUUGCAAGCUCUUCUUCAGAGUGUACCUAUCACAUCCCUGAAGUCGGAAUUGGUCUCGGAGGCACUGUGUAACGCAGUCAGGCAUUUAGACGAGUCUAUUCGUUCUGACCUUUUUGACUUCUUGCCUCACGACCGCCUUACAAAAAUGAGCGACAUUCAACUCGACCAAUAUGUCUCACGACGUUAUUCUGAAUGGAAUGCUAUAUCUUCACGUUGCACUCAAGGCUCAACAGUAAUUUUGGCUUUAUCCGAUCCGCUGAAGAAAAAUUUAUGGAUUCUCAAUCUGGGGGAUUCCAUGGCCGUUCUUGGCAGCCGAUCCUUGUCCGGGAAAUGGUCCGCAAUUAUCGUCAAUUCUGUACAUAAUUGUGACAAUCCCUCGGAAACUCACCGUAUUCGGCGAGAGCAUCCAUCAGAGCAAGCUUGUGUGCGUGACAACAGGGUGGUCGGAUAUCUAGCACCGACCCGAGCGUUAGGGGACACAUGGCUUAAGGUUCCUUCGGUUUACACUCGCCGCGCCUUUGCGCCGCACUUGCAAGAUUGGUUACCUCCACGUCAGGUGGUAGAGUAUGCCAGUCGUAUUCUUACUCCUCCAUAUGUAUCCGACCUCCCUGAAGUCUACCACUACUCCCUCGACAUCUCUAAACAAGAAGUAUUCCUCAUUCUAUCGUCUGAUGGCCUGCAGGACAUGUACGACAGUCACGAUAUUCAAUGGUCGGACCAAGAAAUGGCAGAUCGCUGGGUGGGCUUGGUUGGACGUCACAUGCACUCCACCAAGGAUGUAGACAUGCAAGGCAAUUUAGCGCUCAGGCUCCUCCGGGAUGCCGUUGGCGGAAAUAACACAGAGCUUGUUUCCCGAAAUCUUACCUUGGAAAUGGAAGACAAAUGGAUGGACGAUAUCACGAUUCUAGUGCAACGAUUCCGGUAG